ACGAUUGCAAUUGUCAUACACAAAUACAUGAAAUAAACAUUGUGAACAAACAUAACGCACUUAAUACAUAAUUUCACGUGAAUUUGGAGACAAAAAACUGACAAUUACCGUUGUAAUCGACACACCGUUUGUGAACGAAAAAAAAAAAUGAGCAGCAAAAAGAAAUCCAUGAAAUCGGAUAGAAAAGCAUUUGUUAAAAGCGAAAGCAACGAAGACAUUUGGGAUGAUCGACUGUUGAUGAAAGCAUACGAACAAGCAAUUCAAUUAAAUAAUGCCGAUGUAGCCAAAAGUAUUGCGGCCGAUACAAAUAAAAAGUCAACAACAAUAAUUCCAUCACAAGCAUCAAACAUGAGCACAUCUGACGAUGGUGACGAUACGUUUAAAGUGGGCGAUUACGUACGUGCAACAUACAACGUCGAUAAUAUCGAUUAUGAAGCCCAAAUUGUUAGCAUCGAUGAUGAAAAUGAUGUUUGUGUUGUUAAAUUUAUUGGCUACGACAAUGAGCAAACAGUUCGAAUCGUCGAUUUGGUCUCAUCAUGGGGUGAAGAAGAGCAGCAAAAACAAGAGCUAGAUGCCGCCACCGAAGAGCCAGUUGAUGACGGUGACGACGAUGUAUAUCCCAAAGAACUAUACCGAAAUUGUGAUUUGCAGAAAAAUUCACUACCCAUCCCGCCAAUACCGCCGAUGCCACCCGCGCUAAAGGACUCACUUGGUGAACAAGAAACGGAACAUUUCUCAGCAAUGCUCAUGUCUUGGUACAUGAGUGGUUACUAUACCGGAUUGUACCAGGGCCAUAAAGAAGCAAAACAACAACAAAAGAACAAGAAAUCAUUGAAGCGAAAGUAAUUCCUCUUUGUAAGAAUUUAUUAUAAAACAAUAAAGUUUUACGAAUUUUACAUAAAAUCCAA